GCCGUGGUGGCCGCGCUCUCUUUCGUCCUCGCUAGCGCCUCGAGCCCUGCCCGCUCUUGCCCCCGCCUCACCCGCCAUGCCCAACAUCGUGCUCUUCAGCGGCAGCUCGCACCAGGACCUGUCCCAGCGCGUGGCGGACCGGCUCGGGCUAGACCUGGGCAAGGUGGUGACCAAGAAAUUCAGCAACCAGGAGACCAGCGUAGAGAUUGGUGAGAGUGUGAGAGGAGAAGAUGUGUAUAUCAUCCAGAGUGGCUGUGGAGAAAUAAAUGACAACUUAAUGGAACUACUCAUCAUGAUCAAUGCUUGCAAGAUUGCAUCAUCCUCCAGAGUGACUGCAGUAAUUCCAUGUUUUCCAUAUGCCAGGCAAGAUAAGAAAGACAAGAAGGGGGCCGUGGAGCGUUGGAGUCGUGCUCCAAUCUCAGCAAAACUUGUUGCCAACAUGCUGUCAGUUGCAGGGGCUGACCAUAUCAUCACUAUGGACUUGCAUGCUUCUCAGAUACAGGGUUUCUUUGACAUUCCAGUAGAUAACCUGUAUGCAGAACCUGCAGUGCUGCAGUGGAUAAAAGAGAACAUUAUGGAGUGGAAAAACUGUAUCAUAGUCUCACCUGAUGCAGGUGGUGCAAAAAGGGUUACUUCAAUUGCUGAUAGACUGAAUGUGGAAUUUGCUCUCAUUCAUAAGGAACGGAAGAAAGCAAAUGAAGUAGACAGAAUGGUCUUGGUUGGUGAUGUGAAAGACAGAGUAGCUAUUCUUGUUGAUGAUAUGGCUGACACAUGUGGCACGAUAUGUCAUGCAGCAGACAAGUUAGUGUCUGCUGGAGCCACUAAAGUUUAUGCUAUUCUUAGUCAUGGAAUCUUUUCUGGUCCUGCUAUUUCUCGGAUUAAUAAUGCAGCAUUUGAGGCUGUUGUGGUAACAAAUACAAUCCCUCAAGAAGAGAAAAUGAAACACUGCCCCAAAAUUCAGGUUAUUGACAUUUCUAUGAUCCUGGCUGAGGCAAUUCGAAGAACACACAAUGGUGAAUCUGUGUCUUACCUGUUCAGUCAUGUUCCCUUAUAACCGCAAGAAGCUGUGUUGUACCUUUGCAAGGGCUGUGUCAGCUAGCCCUGUUCUUAACAGUGCAUCUCAACCACAAGAGAUGAGUAUCUCUGUACAAGCCCAGAGCUCAUAUGAUUAAUUAUUAUAUUUGUCUCCUAAUUACCAUUUGUUCCUUGUAAAUUGGCAAUAAAUUACCAUCCUGCAGAAACCUUUUAUGAAUUCCCUUGAGUGUCUGGGAUCUUACCUGUUGCUAAGUUCUUUUGUGUGCUCAUGAGCUCUUUCUGCUAAAUUGCUGCUUCAGAUCUGUUUUCUAUUCAGAAUUACUAAAGAAGUUUAUAGAACUUAAUGGAAUUUAUGCAUAUGAAAUAGUUUUUCUGUGUUAAGCUAAAUGCUACAGAUUUAGGCAUCUGGAAUCUAGUUGUCUGUCAGGCAAGCAGGGUUUUUUGUUGUUGUUUUUAUUUUUCCUUGUUCUGCUUAACUCCAAUGAAAAUUAUUUUGUAAACCCUGACAGAAUUUAAACCUCAUAUCAGUUUUAAGGAACUGUUGACACAUCCAUAAUAUUACCUGUGUUUCAUAAACUUGGUGUUCUUUUUCUUCACAAGGUAUAUAUGGUUACAAAUUUUCUUCUGUAAAGCUCUCAGUUGUUCAUUACCUUAUAUCAUUUGGUUGAAAUCUAUUGUGCAGAUGCUAUAGUCAGUCAGAAGACUGAUGUUUCAAUAUUCUUGGGAUUAUUUAUUAAUUUCCUGUAUUUCAAUAAUAAGGACCAAUUUUGACUGAAAAUAUCAGAAAAGAAUUUUCAUUUUUAACUGCAUAAUUAAUCGAGCUUCAUCUUUCUAUUAUGAACUACCACAGCACUUUGCUGUGUAGGCGGUGAACUAUGGUAAACUAACCAGUCUUGAAUACUUUAAUAUUAGAGAACUAAAACCACUGGGAAAAUAGAUUGUAUGCUGAGAAGCUUAUGGUUAGGUACUGGUAAGUGCAGUCAAUAAUGGAUUCUGGGGGGAAAAAAAAAUUUCUGUCACUUUAGGUCUUCACAUUCUUUUACAGUUUUCAGCCUAUCUGCUGGAAAGGAAGAGUUCAGCUGUGUUAAGAUAGUGUUCCUGCACCUAAAUCGUAGGAAAACUCAGCUUUGCACCUGAGAUUGCAGUUUUUAAUUAUAAAAGCAUUUGCCAUGCUUGAAAUGUUUCAUUACUGUGGAACCACACAGAAUAGCCUGAUUUCAUCCUACUUUGCUUAUUCUGGGAUAUAUUUAUCAUGAUACACUGUGUUCUAAAAUGGAUUUUUUCCAUUCAAUUCAACCUGGUCUAAUGUUCUGUUAGUUUCUCUGAGGAAAAAAUGUGGCUAUUUUGUCCUUGUAUUUUUUUUUUUUUAAUAAUUUGCUAUUUCUUCUGUGGGUUUCUUU